AUGGCGCCCCACAAGCUGGGCACUGCGCUCGCGCUGCUGGCCCUCUGCUCACUUGCUACGUGUCACGCCUUCAGCCUCAAGGACGUGUCAGCAUUGCUGGGACAGAAGAGCACCGCUGCAAAGACAUGGCAAGAGAUCCACGCCGAGAAGCUAGAUCCCGAGCUCGGAAGGCCAGUCUGGUGGAACGAGACCGUGAUGGAUGUUAUGGCAGAGGAGCACGUUGGGCGGCGGUCGACCCUGGGUCUCGGCGAUGCGGCGCCGGUGACUGUGACGUUUUACUCUGAGCCCAACAUGGACUGCGAGACUGGCAACGGACAGUGUGGAUACGGAACGGAUGCCAAUGGUGACACCGACUUCGUCAGAAACGCACUCUACCCCCUCCACGUGGCAGCAGGCAACAUGGAUUUCCUCGGCGGGUGCGGCGCGUGCGGCAUCCUCACCGGCCCCAGCGGCCUCUCGCGCGGCUACGUCGUCACUGACGUCACUGACGUCAUCGAUGACAUGGGCCCACGUGACUGGCCGCCCCAGGGCUCCCACAUCGACAUGUGCUGCAACCAGUUCCACGAGUUCCAGUCGCUGGACAAAGGGAAAGGCAUCGACUGCAAGAACGGCGGGAUCUUCACCGGCCACUGGCGAAGAGUCCCCUGCCAAUCAUUGGGCUACCCCGACUACCCCGACAACAAUGUGGUCAUCCGCAUUCAGGCCUGGAACCAGUACGCCAAGGCGGUGGUCCCCUCCCGGUUGAGCGGCGUGGGAGAAGUCGCCCAGGUUAACUUCAUAACCGAGCAUUCCGGGUUCCACCAAGGGCACCGGGUGGACGGAUGGGGCGCCUGGUGGUCGCCCAACGCCGACCUUUCCGGGCACGGUGGAGUCGCGCUUGAGAUCAUCCUCAGGGACGGAAGCCGGGUUAAUUUUAACAAGGGCGCGAACCCCUUCCCGCUCGGGGACUUCGCCACGUGGCAGACGGGCCAGCUGUACAACUACGAAGGCAACGCGAGCUAG